AUGUCUCUUGAAGCUACGAUGAUCAUUGUCGACAACAGCGAAAGCAGUCGCAAUGGAGAUUACACAUCUACUCGAUGGCAGGCACAGGUCGAUGCUGUUAGUAUUGUCCACAGUGUCAAGAUGCGCGUCCACCCCCAGUCGGCUGUCGGUCUCAUGAGCAUGGGGGGUAAGGGCCCUGAGGUGCUGUCGACCUUCACGUCGGAUUUCGGGAGCAUCCUCUCUGGUCUGCACAAAACAAAGAUCCACGGUAUAUCGCAUCUCAGCUCGAGUAUCCAGGUUGCCGGGUUGGCGCUUAAGCAUCGCUCCGAGAAAUCCCAACGGCAACGAAUCAUUGUGUUUUCGUGCUCGCCGAUCGCCGAAGACGAGAAGACGCUCGUGAAACUGGCCAAGAAGAUGAAGAAGAACAAUGUCUCGAUCGACGUAGUAGCAUUUGGGGAUCUGGAAUCCGACCAGACCAAGAAGCUGGAAGCCUUCGUGGAAAAUGUCAAGAGUGGCGAUGGCUCGCACUUGGCUGUCAUCCCGCCUGGGCCCCACCUGCUGAGUGAGGAGCUGCAGGUCAACCCGAUUCUGGCUGGUGAAGGCGCCGAGACAGGUGAAGCAGGCGCUGGGGGCGGCGAUGCGGGCGGAUUUGGUUUCGAGGAUGCGGCUGAGAACGACCCCGAGCUGGCAUUUGCCCUGCGGUUGUCCCUGGAGGAGGAGAAGAACCGGCAGGAGAAGGAGAAGCGCGAGCAGGAGGAGCAGGAGGGCAAGACGCAGUUGGGCCAUAUUCCCGAGGAGGGCCAGGGCGAGUCGAGCGGCGACAAAGAUAAGAAGGAUGAUGACAAGAUGGACACGGCGUAG